AGGCAGCUGAGCUUCUUCCUGUAGCCUGUAGGAGUGAUUAUUAUGACACCUAAAUAGACAGAGCUAUGACAUACAAGAUGACAAAGGUGGGUUCCAAAGGCAUGAGAUGAUUAUCUUCGCUUCCUUAGGCCUGUAGGAGUGUUACCAAAAUGGAUCUCACUCAAUGGUGCCUCUGGGAAACAAUUCCCCUGCAAACCCUCCUACCUUCCUCAUGUCUCUUGACAUUCAUCAUCAUCUUGCUAGGGUUGGUGCUCAUCGUCAAGCAUCAAUUGUACCCAACAAGAAAUCUGAAUCUGCCACCGGGACCUUCAAAGCUGCCGAUCAUAGGCAACUUGCACCAGCUAGGUGAAAUGCCCCAUCUCUCCCUUUUCCGGCUGUCGCAGAAGUUCGGCCCCAUCAUUUACCUACAACUGGGUGAGGUCCCAGUCAUGGUGGUCUCCUCUGCCAGAACGGCAAAGGAAGUGUUGAAGACCCAUGACCUUGCUUUUGCGAGCAGGCCCCAGCUUUUCUCCGCCAAACACCUCUUCUACAAUUGCACCAAUAUCGUCUUCUCCCCCUAUGGUGCUUACUGGAGGCACAUCAGGAAGAUCGCAGUUCUUGAGUUACUCAGUGCCAAGCGAGUCCAAUCAUAUAGCUUCGUCAGAGAAGAGGAGGUUGCCCGUCUAGUCCAUCGGGUUGCUUCUUCUUACCCAAGCACAACCAAUCUCUCCAAGAUGCUUGGGUUGUAUGCAAACGACGUGGUUUGUCGGGUUGCUCUUGGGAGGGGUUUCUCCCAAGGAGGGGAGUACGAUAAGUAUGGGUUCCAAAAGAUGCUCUUGGAGUAUCAGGAGUUGCUUGGGGGAUUUAGUCUGGGCGAUUUCUUCCCCUCCAUGGAAUGGAUGCACACAAUAACUGGCUUGAAAUCAAGACUCCGUCGCACCUUUCGACGCUUCGAUCAAUUCUUCAAUGAAGUGAUCGAAGACCAUCUCAGCAAACAUUCCAGCAGCAGGAGCAGAAAAGAGGAGCACAAGGACUUCGUUGGCAUUCUGCUUGACAUGCAGAAGAAUUCCGAUGACCUCGACACGCCCCUCACCUUGGAUAACAUCAAAGCCAUCAUCUUGGAUAUGUUUGCUGCGGGAACGGAUACGACGUUCAUAACACUGGACUGGGGAAUGACAGAGCUCGUAAUGAACCCAAGAGUGAUGGAAAAAGCACAGGCUGAAAUAAGAAGUAUCGUCGGGGACAGAAGAAGCGUUUCAGAGGAUGAUCUGCCCCAAAUGCACUACUUGAAGGCUGUAAUCAAAGAGAUAUUCCGGUUGCAUCCUCCGGUUCCAGUACUAGUCCCGAGAGAAUCAAUGGAACUCGUAACUAUAGAUGGGUAUGACAUCCCCAAGAAAACACGGAUCUUCGUCAAUGCCUGGGCAGUAGGAAGGGAUCCGGAGUCAUGGGAGAACCCAGAAGUUUUUGAACCAGAAAGGUUCAUGGGAACCUCCAUUGAUUUCAAGGGCCAGGAUUUCCAAUUAAUACCGUUUGGAGCUGGGAGAAGAGGCUGCCCCGCUAUUACAUUUGGCGCAGCAAGCAUUGAACUUGCUAUGGCUCAACUUCUCCAUUCCUUUGAUUGGGAACUUCCCCCUGGUAUCGAGGCCAAAGAUUUGGACAUGACCGAGGUUUUUGGUAUAUCAAUGCACCGGAUAUGUGAUCUGAUUGUUGUUGCCAAACCGCGCUUUGUCUAAUUAUCACAAACAUCUCUCCCACCCCCAUCUCCUAUGCCUGUCUGAGUUAAGACUUAUUAAAAUGUUCUCGUUUUUCCAUUUUGCCUCCAUAGCUCUAUUCUGAAUUUCUGAUCAUCUGAGAGCAUGAAGACGUAUGUAUCUGAACCAUAUGGCUACGAUUCGAUUCAAAUCUGAGUAUUAAUAGCAUCAGAUUCAAUUCGUCACCAUAUCUAAUCUAAAUCUUUAAAGCCCUAGUUGUAGCCCUGUUAAUGCUGGGCCUGGAAGUGGAAUCUACUUAUGUUGUAAUUGGUUGUUUA